CUUCUUGGCGGAAUAUCCAAGAUUUCUUGAUAGCGAAAGAAAACACAAAGAAACCAUCGUCUUUAAUAUCUUAUCUGUAAACAUACUGCUUCAUUUGAGGAAGAAGAGAUAGAAAAUGGGCAUUUUGAAUGAAGAUGCAGUCUUGAUUAAAGAAGCAGAGAAAGCAGGAGACAACACCAUAAUCACUGUUAACUGUCCAGAUAAAACAGGCCUUGGCUGUGAUCUUUGUAGAAUUAUUCUCCUCUUUGGUCUCAGUAUUGCUAGAGGAGAUGUAUCAACAGAUGGGAAAUGGUGUUACUUGGUUUUCUGGGUGGUUGGCCAGCCAACAACCAGUUGGGACUUGCUGAAAAACAGGCUACUUGAGGUCUGCCCAUUGUGCACACCUGCGAUAUCGAAAAUCUUCUACUUUCUGCCAGAGUUUCAGCAGCCUAAACCACCAGAAGUUUUCCUUUUGAAGUUCUGGUGUACCUUUGACAGAAAAGGCCUCUUACAUGAUGUGACGAAGGUCCUUUGUGAGCUAGAGCUCACGGUCAAACGAGUAAAAGUAUCUACAGCGCCAGAUGGGAGAGUCAUGGACCUUCUGUUUGUAACGGAUACAAGAGAACUUCUUCACACAAAAAAACGACAGGAUGAAACAAAGAGUCAUUUGAACGCGAUGUUGGGAGAUAACAUGAUCAGUUUCGAGAUUGAAUUGGCUGGUCAUGAAGUCAUUGCUAACCCUCAAGGAUCAACGUUUCUUUCGCCUGCGAUCACAGACGAUAUGUUUGGUUUGGAAUUUGCUGGGACCCACAUGGGCGGGCCGUACAACUCCAACCGCGUGUCCGUUACGGUUGAUAACGAUCUUAGUCCUUCGCACACACUCAUUCACAUACUUUGCCGAGAUCAUAAAGGCUUGACCUACGAUAUCAUGCGGACACUAAAAGAUUACAACUUCCAGAUCUCGUAUGCGCGAUUCUUUGCGAAUGCCAAAGGAAACUUUCAAGUCGACUUGUUCAUAAUGCAAGCGGAUGGAAAGAAGAUAGUCGACCCUGAGAAGCAAAAUGUGCUUUGCUCGCGUUUGAGGAUGGAGCUCAUUCGACCUCUUCGAGUAGAAGUGAUGAGCCGUGGCCCGGACACGGAGUUGCUGGUGGCUAAUCCGGUCGAGUUAGCCGGAAAAGGUCGGCCACUUGUGUUCUAUGACAUUACGCAUGCCAUAACAAGCCUCAAGAUUCGCAUCUUCUCGGUGGAGAUUGCGAGGCACAGGAUUCACGAUCGAGAAUGGGAAGUCUAUCGGGUUUUACUCGACGAAGGGGACGCAGGUUUGGUGCCAAGGAGCAUAAUCAAAGAGGGUGUUGUAAAGAAGUUGAUGGGGUGGGAUUACAAGGGUUAUAAUGGUAUUGUACAUUAGAAAUAUUUAAGAAAUGAGUUGUUGGCUUGUACCGCUAAUAGUUGUACAAGCCAACAAUGCAUCCAAAUGUACAAGUAACAAGUAUAAGUUGUACGGUACAAGUUAGUGAUGCAUAUAAGUAUAGAAGUAAAGUAAUAGAGACCAGUGAGGCUUGAAUUGGCCUUUAGGGGCAUAUGUCAUAUAGCCCCCGAUUGUAUAUAGACCAUAUAUCAAGGUAACAAAUGACUAGUACAAUGUGCAGCUUAAUGUGUACAUAUUUUGGCAUAUAAUCAUCUUCAUGUUUUCCUU